AUGCAAGUCAUAUAAAAAGGCUCAUCUGAAGACUCGUCAGCACAUUUAAUAAUAUUAAUUGUUCAGCUCGUGAUCAGAGAUGAAGCUUCUACCAAUUCUCGUAAUGUUUGCGCUUGCUGUUUGCACUGCCUGCAAGAAUCACGAGGAGUGGAAAGGACAACGACCAGGAGACUACGAUCGCAGGCCGUAUUCCAAUCAUUAUGCCUAGAAUACCUAGAAUAAAGGCACAUUAAAAAUUUCAAAAUUGAAAACUAAAACAGGACAACACAACUUUUAUAUUAACAUUGCCAAAGAAAAAUAUUGAAGAAUAAAUAAGCACAAAAUAAUCUUCAAUUUUUUGUUGUAAUAUGUAAUUAUCCCCUCCUUAUAGAAUUUGUAGAUAGAAACGUAUCUAAUCAUGAAAACUUAUAAGUAUACUCUUUAAAUAGUUCCCACAAACGCAAUGUCUAUUUUUAAAGCCCCAAAAAUGUGCGGUGGGCAUUGUUUUCUUGUGACCAUUUCUUUUGUUGCGGGAGAGCACGCAUGAAUGUCAUGACAAUGCACUUACGGAAUUUUAAUGAGUACGCAAUCACAGUAGGUCCAAAUUCAAAGCCGGUAAAUGUGUAACCAAACCUUGUUGAGGGCUACUAAAAGAGGCAUAUUCACAACGGGGAUGUAGCUCAGAUGGUAGAGCGCUCGCUUAGCAUGUGAGAGGUACGGGGAUCGAUGCCCCGCAUCUCCAAAGGUGUUUUUUGGUUUUUCCUGAAACACCUACUUAAUUUUUUUUUAAGGUUAAACAUUAUUUUUAACUUGAGUAACUAUAUAAAAUCGAAAAAC